AUGAGCCCAGCAAAGGAUGGUAAUUACUUUGUUCGUGUUGCGACUAGAAAAGGAUUAGAUGAGUUGCAGAAGAGCAACAAUGGAAUAUUAUUUAAUGAAGAUUUCAAUUCUUGGUCCUAUAUUAGGAAAGUUUUAAUCAGAGCCACAGUGUCACCUAGUGCUUUAAGGUUUGCCGUAACCACACUCAGUAACGUUUUUCAUGAUUUAGAAAAGCUAUGGGAUAGUUUGAUCGAAGAACAAGGACAAUUUUUGCAUGAUGAACAAGAAAAAUCGGUAGAAAUUGAUUUUGCAACUUGGGCAAAAAGAAUUUUCGCAGAAACUACAAUGUUACUGAUAGUUGGCCGACAACCUAAUUUAUUAUCAACUUACUAUAACAGAAUCACAAAUAAAAAUAACAUUCAAAAAAAUUCAAAUGAAGAAUUUUUGGAUCGUUUGGCUAUUGCAUCCGACUGUGUGCAAUAUUAUGUAUCAGUUCCAUCAUUCAUACUCAAAGAGCGUAGAAAAGAGAUUGAAGGUAUCGAUGAUAAAAGGAAAUUAAAACCUGAUAUGUUAAGUAUGUUAUUGAUCGCUAAUACACCAAAAGAUAUUACUCAAGGUAUUUCCAACAAUAGCGACAAGAACUCUAUGACUGAUAAAGAAGUUGGUGAUAAUAUUGUAGAGGUGAUUAAUGAAGGAAUUGAUAGUCCCACAAAUGCUUUAUCAUUUAUUCUUCAUUGUGUUGGAAAUAAUCCAGAUGUUGAACAGCGUAUUGUUGAUGAAAUUGAAAAGGUAUUUGAUCAUGGAGUCGAUUUUAACAAUAUCAAUGAAGAUUUAAAUAAACUUGAAUAUAUUGAAGCUGUGAUAAAAGAAGUGUUAAGAAUCAGGCCUGUUACAGCAACGAUUUCACGUUUCUCGACACAUUCCGAUCAAAUUGAUGAGUACAAAAUUCCAUUAUCAACACAAUUAGCGAUAAAUAUGAUGGGUUUACACAAGAAUCCAAAUUACUGGAAAGAACCCAUGGAAUUUAAUCCUUCAAGAUUUCUAGCAAAUAGUAGCAACAGCAACGAAGAAAUUUAUAAUAAAAAUGCAUUCAUGUAUUUUGGUGGCGGGUUACGUAUGUGUCCAGGUAGACAAUUGGCAAUAACCCAACUUAAAAUGAUGAUUGUUUUAUUAUAUAAUAAAUAUAAAUUCGAGGUGAUUACUAAGGAACCUUCAAUGCAACAUAAUGUCAAUAUUCAAUGUAAAGAAUUGAAAAUUAGAAUUAAAUGCAGAAAAAUAAAAGUUUAUUAA